UCAUCUUUUUCCUAUUUAGAAAAGAUAUUUACCAGAUACAGUAAAAGAAUUAGCCUUUUGGCUAACAUUACAGGACUUGGCCCAAAUGGCCUUAUUUCAGACAGUUUUUGAACUAAAUUUGUCAAAUAUGUAAAAACAAAAACAUCUAGAUACAAAUGUUAGUUCAUGGAAUAGUAUGGUCAUCGUUCGUGUAACAGGAUCAAUUAAUCGAUAGUAUUUAGGUAGCUACAACACGUUUGUUCAGAGAGAAAAUCAAUACGAGCUUUCAAAAUAAAACCACAGCAAAUACCGGAAGUUAGACGGCUCGGUUAUUUCUCACUUAACAUCACUCUCGCUUCAUAUCCAACUUUGUCGGCGCGCACAGCUUCCAAACGCAAGGAGACUUCACACAGAAACCACGUAUGACUUUCCUUUUUUUUUUUUUUUUUUUACAUUUUUUAAACUACCCUGCUGACUUAAUUAGACUUGUCCAACAAGUUUGAGAGAAUCACCCCUCCUCAGAACGAUGUGGGGGACCCAGAGGAGCAGAUACGCAGACUGGAGCUGCUCCGAAGCUAGCAGCGACUACUCGGAGAUCGUGGUGAACAUCGGCGGGGUGAAACAGGUGUUUUGCGGGGACGUUCUCAACCGCUUCCCGGACACCCGCUUGGCUGAGCUGGUGAACUCCAUGUCCCACCAGUCCACGGAGGAUAUCUCUGCACUGUGUGAUGACUACGACCCGGAUAACGGAGAGUUUUACUUUGACAGGGAUCCAGACGCGUUCAGGUGCAUCACUGAGCUUUAUUACUACGGGGAGAUCCAUGUGAAGCGAGGCAUCUGCCCCAUCUGCUUCAUGAAGGAGAUGGAGUUUUGGAAAGUUGGCUCUGAUUUCUUGGAUGAGUGUUGCAAGAGCCACCUGAAGGAGGUGGAGGAGGAACUUGCAGAGAUUGCAGAGAAGGUGAGGACAAUUUUGGUGGACCGGGAAGGAGAUCCAACUGCAAGCGGCUGGCAGCGCUUCCAGACGUGCGUGUGGAGGCUCAUGGAGAAGCCGGAGUCCUCCUUCCCUGCACAUAUCAUCGCCAUCACCUCCUUUAUCUUCAUCCUCAUCUCCUCCGUGGUGAUGUGUGUAGGCACCAUCCCGGAUAUGCAGGUGGAGGACCUAGAGGGAAACCACAUGGAGCACCCCACCUUGGAGGUCAUCGAGACGGUGUGCAUCGGCUGGUUCACCAUCGAGUACAUCCUGCGCCUCAUCUCCUCGCCCAAUAAAGUCAAAUUCAUGCUAGCCUUCAUGAACAUUAUCGACUUCAUGGCCAUCAUGCCCUUCUUCAUGGUGCUCCUUCUGACCUCUCUUGGUGCAGGCGUGAUGGAGCUGGCCAACGUGCAGCAGGCGGUGCAGGCUUUACGUAUAAUGCGCAUUGCGCGUAUUUUCAAGCUGGCGCGCCACUCUUCAGGACUGCAGACCCUCACGUCUGCACUGAAGAGCAGCUUGAAGGAGCUGGGCCUGCUCCUCAUGUACAUGGGCGUCGGGGUGUUCCUCUUUUCUGCGCUGGGCUACACCAUGGAGCAGAACCACCCCGAGACCUUGUUCACCAGCAUCCCACAGUCCUUCUGGUGGGCCGUCAUCACCAUGACUACGGUGGGCUACGGAGACGUGUACCCCAAGACCACUUUAGGGAGGUGCAAUGCCGCCAUCAGCUUCCUGUGCGGCGUGAUCGCCAUCGCCCUGCCCAUCCAUCCCAUCAUCAACAACUUCGUCCUGUUCUACAACAAGCAGCAGGUGCUGGAGACAGCUGCCAAGCAUGAGAUUGAACUGAUGGCCUUGCGCUCGGGCCAUGAUGGGGGGCAGGGUGACACCCACAAACACGUGUGUCGUGUGGGGGGGCACCUACAUGUCGUUGCUGAAGGCCCCCUGAAGGGGAGGGAUGCCAACCCAGACCCCCAACAUGGACACCAGCUUGGAGAGCAUAGCUGAAAGCAUGAGUUCAUCUCAUUGGGGGGGGGGGGGGGGGGUCAAAAUUUCAAAAUAAAAGACAAGUGUGUGUAUACAGUGGAACCUCUAAAGUCAAACACCCAUGAGGUCGUACAGUCUGUAAUUUUUGUGAAAAAAUAUGCCUCUAACACCAUCCAAAACACAAAAGUUCAGCAUUCAGCGAGCAUUAAAGCGCAUUUUACUCUUUUGUUUAGCUUUAUAACAUGAAGUUUUUAGAAGUAAUCUCAUAUUCAAAGCACUCCAGCGUCACUUGUUAUCAAUUACUCUAAAUUUAUGGUAAACUGUUUUAUUUUGUUGUAUUUAAUGUAGUUAGCUUCUUGUUACACUUAGUGUUGGAAAAAUGUGACACGUGAAUCACUAAAAGGUAAAAAAAAUAGUUUGUGCAAUGCGGAAUACAUUCGUCCCUCGCAAUAUCACGGUUCGAGUAUCGCUCCCUUGCUGUAUUGUGUUUUUUCAGAAAUUAAUUAGGAAAUGAUUGCUGUUUCGUGGACUGUACUCUUACAAAUGCAAUCAAAAUUUUCAAGAAAAAAUACGCCCCUGAAGUCAUACAAAACAGCGACUGUUGUGUCUUGUGCGUAUGAUAUCUCAGUUCAGCGAGCAUUGGUCAUUAAAGUUCAAGUCUGGCCCUUUUAUUGUGUUUACGUCUUCAUGUAAACAGUGGUUACUUUAUUUUUCCACUUGUUAAGAAUGUUUAACAUGACUAAGAACAUUGCCUGUACAUUUAAUUAAGAUGACAAUGGAACAGAUUAUUUAUAGUUCCAUUAUUUCCUAUGGGGAAACAGUUUCGGACAUUAAAGGUUCCACUGUAGUUGAAGUCGUAAUAGUCAUAAUUUAAGAGAAAAAAAGCUAUUUGUUGAUUUUUGUUUACAUUAUGUGAUGCGAUGUGACUUCUUUAACACCCUACGUGGACAUGAUGUGCUCCUUUCCACACUGCUAAAGAACUUUGAAAAAGUACGGUGGCCUGAAAGGGUCAAACAGUCUGAAAACCGCUGGAAUAAACCAAGAAACUAACCCACACUCCACCUUAACAACCAAGAAGGUAUGAUUAUGAACAGGAGGCUGCAGGAUCACUUGGGAAAUCCUCUCUUACAGGUUUUAAAUGAGUUUGAAGGAAUCGGUCCUAAAGGGACGUAUGGAGUAAGUAUUGACCUCUGUCCCUGCAGGCAGAUGAAAUGUGACAGGACGACUUCAUCUCGACUAACAAGCUUUUACAUUUGUGCUUUGUACUGUACUGUAGUUUAUUGCUGUGUAUAAAUCCUCAGCACCGUGUUACUUUCAAUGUUUAUUAUUGUACCCAACAGGGACACUGAAUUAAUUGUCAUUUGACAUUUUAUCUUCAAAACAAAGAUAACUUGUUUACAUUUUUGUAUUGGACCAUCUUGUGUCUCCUAGUUCAAUUCUAGAUGUAUAUUUUGUAGAUUUUCUGUUCAAAAAAAGGUUGUCAGUGCACCAUUUGCCCCACUUUCAUUCACUUGAAUAUUGGAACGCGUGUAGAAGGUGUGCAUUGGGAUACACUGUGGUUGUCUCCAGCCGUGUUGCACCAUACUGAGAGCGGUUUCUCGUGUAGCGAACCACAGUAACAAACAUAUUGUUGAAUUCGUACCAAAGCAUAACGUUAUUACUGUAUCACGUGUGCCUAAUGUUGUGGCCGUAAGGGAGUGCAGCAGCUCCAUUUGCAGUCACAGCUGUCCGUAGCGUGUCUUCUCCUGUCACUGUAAUUUCGGACACUGCAUGACUGCGUGAGGCAACGCAACAGAUAUAAACUCCAUCCAUGCAGUGCAGGAAUGUUUAAAAGGUUGUGACCUCUGCAUGCAGGCUGCUAUUCCCUCCCCAAUCCAGUAACAAACAGUAAGACUUCACAAGGCUGCAGCCAUCACCACGUGCUUCUCUUUCACGGGUCCACAGUAUGGAUUGAUUUGAUCGUUACGUUGACCUCUCAGUGUGUGUCUGUAACUGUGGGGUGCAAGGAGCAAAGCAAAGUUGAAGGUUACAUGAAAAGGUGCAACUGGAAAUCGCACUCCUUGGAAAUGUCACAACGGGAGUCUGUCAUUAAAACAUGACAUUGAAGCUUAAUAUUGUAGAUGAAUGGUUUGAAUUUGCUGGCUGUGAUAUGUUGUCUUGACUGUAAAUGCAUGCACUGCAGGACAUCGCUUUAUUGGGUAUACUGUAUGCCCAUCCAUCCAUUUUCUGUACAGCUUGUCUGAGUAUAUGCUGUAUUUAAAUUAAAAUGAA